GGGGGAGUGAGUGAUGUUGUGGGACUUGAGCCCCACGGUGAAAUCAUCAUGUGCUGGAGCAGCUGCGCCCUCGCCUGCCUGCAAUUCUUUGGCAUUGUUCAAGCGAUUAGUACCGGCUAUGCUUCCUUGCGACCCACUCGUCAUGGCACCGACCAAGGUACCGCGAGCGCGGUGAAAGAAGCUCUGCGUGCGGUGGGCGGCAGGACCUACAGCACCAACGAGACAGCCUUUUUGACAAAGAGCUUGGUCAACGCCACUCUAUUCUCGAUCGAAGCGAGUGCCUCCAGCACAUCGAAGCAAGGAUCCCUGGAUGUUGAGGUCGGCCUCGCCAUCAUCUGCACGUCCUGCUACAUCAACGGCUCGGUCAGCGGCUUUUUGACUGUAGAGGAGAGCUUGAACGUCACCGAUCUCGUGGAAAGCGUCACAGAUGAGCUCGCAAACGUGACCGAUGCAGCGAUUACCCAGCUCAAGACCUUUGCACGCGACGCGGCAGAGGACUUUGUCGAAGGCGUCACUCACUUCGAACUGGUCGACAUGCCCGCCUGGCCAACGCUGGAUCUCGACUUCACUCUGAAUACAACUCAGGACUUCCCUGGUGUUCAUGCAGAGUUUGAGUUCGACAAUCUGGAGCUGUACCUGGAGCUGGAUGUGCAGUUGUCGGCCGGUGGAACGUAUACGUUGAAUCUAUUCACCUCCGAGACUAUUGUGGGCUUCUCGAUCCCGGGACUCGAUGCGGGCGCGGUGUUCAAAGUCUCGCUGGUGUUAAUCGCAGAGGCGGAAGUGGAUAUCAGCAGUGGGAUCCAUAUCAAGUUGGACGAUGGGCUGGUGCUUGCCCUCGAUCUGUUCAAUCAGGGGAUGUCGGACAUUACACUUCCCGGAGGGCAAGUGGAAUUCCUCCCGAUUACCAUCCAGGGCUACGGCAGCCUCCAGGCCCUCCUACAGCUGGAGGCCAGCGUGGGAUUCGACAUCGCGCCCGCGGAGUCGCUCUCCGUGCUCGAAGCCGUCAAGUUCAGUGCGGGGAUUGGCGCGGAGGUCUUCGCCUACGUGGCGGAUUUCCAACUAGAGGUCAAUGGCACGACCCGUCAGGAUGCCGACUGCGCUUUCCAAGCGGUGGCCGAAUAUACCCUCGCGGUGGGCGCGGCGGCCGGAGCCACCGUCGCGGUGGAUACGUAUCAAUGGGGCCCCUCGCCCAACACCACCGUGCCGGUCUUCUACACCACCUUCGCCAGCCUCUGCGCGGGCAGCAAGAAGACGACUGCCCCAGCGACGACCACUCCGUCGGCCACGCUCGCCCAGCGCGACGGAGGCCUCGAGACCACAACGCUGUCUACGGUGACACAGUAUACCCUUGUGCAAUGCGCGUCCAGCGGUCUCGUUAACUGCCCGGUCGCGCUGCAGACCACUACGUCGGUUGAGACCGAGUUGACCACGGUCCUGACCGUGACGUCCGGGGCAGCCGCUACGUUCCCGACGAAUACGUUCGCCUCGUUGUCGCGUGCCAGCCCCUUUGGAUCCGGCGCGCGCACCCUGCUCGCGACCUCCGGCAGCCCGGUGUCUUAUAUCCCUCCUGCAACCACGUCCACCUCGACCCGCAGUGCUGCGACUGGCAGCAAUAGCACAACCGGCCACGAGCACCACGGCAAUCACAACAACCUGAUCAUCGGGCUGAGUGUGGGACUGGGGGUGCCGGCAGUCGUGGCGUUGAGUGUUGCCCUAUGGUGGUUCCUCCACCAGCGCGUGCGAUACGCAAUCGUGCCGCAACCUGAGAUGACGCUAGAUUCCCCGGGGCUCGGAAAGGGACCAAGAGAGCCGGAGACUACGGAGGUUGUUGGAUGAGAGGACGCAUCCGUGGAUCUGCAUGUUGGUGCAUGUCUAACGGAGAUUUGACAUUUCCCUGCACGUGUCUACAACAACCGCGAAGAGAAGAAACUGCUCCCACCUAUUACACUUUGCAACUUGUAAUAGCACUACGAAUAGUUUGACAGUAGUUGACAGUAGUUCAAAAGCGGUGGGGACGGAGUUCUGGUGCUCACGUUGAACCGAAAGACCAAAUUGAAAAAUUGCCCGACAGCGGACAUUGCGGGCUAGUCCGGAUAGGGAAGUUGCGCACUUCGACCGCGGAAUGAGAAUCUCCGGCCCUGCAGCCUAAGGCAGCAGUGGGGGUGGCCGAGAAAUUUUUAUCCAUCGGUAGUUUUGAACACAAAUUCCCAUGCCCUGCAGAUUCGGUUGAAUGGUCUGCUCCUUGCGGCGAGUUUGAGCUAAUUAUUAUGGAGCCCUUCAAGCACUGUAUUUCUGCUCAACUCUUCAA